AUGACGGACGAAAAAAUCCGUGAAAGUGCAACAACAACAACAAAAUCAAAUAAGCAACAUAUUAAUAUCUUCAACCGCGGAGAUCUCUUGUAUUGGAACUGUGAAUAUGAAAAGGCGAAAAAUCAUUAUCAAAUGAUUUUAAUUUCACCACCAAUAAGCCUUCUUGAUUCAGCGCGAUGUUACAGUUCACUUGGCGCAGUAAACACUGAAUUAACAAAUUAUGAAGAAGCAAUAAAUAAUUACCAUAACCAGCUUGAUUUAUUAAUUAAACUGAAAAUUCCGAACAAGACAGAAGGUGAUAUUGCCAAGUGCUUGAUAUCAAUUGGUAUGGUCUAUUUUUUGCAGCAGAAUUAUGCUCAAGCUAUUUCCUAUCAGAAACAAGCACUCGACACUCUUGCUAUUGUCACACCAGCUCAUGAUCUUACGUCAAAAAUUUAUAGAAAUAUUGCUAAUUUAUACGCAAAAACAAAGGAAUUCGAUUCAGCACUAGAGUACUUUCAAAAAGCACUUGCAUUGAAUGAUCGAGAUCUAAAAGACGAUGGUCUAACACUCGGGCAAAUUUAUGCAGAUAUCGGAGUUAUGUACUAUUCUAAAGAAGAUUAUAAACAAGCAUUGGAUUAUUUUACUAAAGCGCA